AUGGUAGCAUUAUUAUUGGUGCUGCUGCUGAAUUUGAAUCUGGACAUGGGAAUUUACCAUGAUGAUCCGGUUCCAUGUCCCGUGCGUCUCUACUGUUCAGAAGACAAAACCAAUAUCCUUGAGCUGCCUGCCUUUCCAUCCUCAGUAAAACUCCCCGUCACAAGCAUUAGCUACACCUCAAACACUUUACAAGUAUAUGAUCCCAAACACUGUUUUCCACAACUCUUUCUCACACUCAAUUAUUCAUCAUUUUAUCCUUUCCAAUCCAUUAAACAAUCACUUGAGUUCGAUAGUUUUGAUGAUCCUCUACACCCAACAAACUGUACUUUCUUUGAUUGCUCUUCAAGCGUGCCACCAAACAUCCUCAGCGGCUACUACGAGGAACAAGAUCUGUUAUCUUGCCCGAUUCUUAUUGCUUUAGAUGACGACAACAUCAUCGAAUCCAACCUUGUAUUGUGCACAAAAUUGACUCGUCAUGUCUUGCCAAUUUCCGUAUGUAAGAUACAGUGGAAUUGGGAACCAUUAUACUUGGUAUGGUCGACAGAAACUUUCAAGAGUGGAUGCUUUGUUGCUUGCAACGUAUCCAACAAUGGUACUGAACACCAUGAAUCCGUUCUUUUACCCCUUACAGGUGCAACUCUCCUUGUGCUAAUACUGGGUGUCAUGUAUCAUAUAUAUUGCUAUUAUAGAAACAAAGGAGAAGAUCAACAAAGAAUUGAAACUUUUUUGAAGGACUACAAAGCAUUAAACCCAACAAGAUUCUCUUAUACUGAUAUGAAGAGAAUUACUAAGCAGUUUAAGGACAAGUUAGGUGAAGGAGCUCAUGGAGCUGUCUACAAAGGUAAAUUAACUAAUCAAAUUCUGGUUGCCGUCAAGAUUCUCAAUAAAGCAGAUGGAGAUGGGACAGAAUUCAUAAAUGAAGUGGGAACAAUGGCCAAAAUCCACCAUGUCAAUGUGGUCCGCUUGCUUGGCUACUGCGCCGACGGAUCUCACCGCGCUUUGGUUUAUCACUUCUUCCCCAAUGGUAAUCUGCAGAGCUUCAUUGCUCUGUCAAGCGACAAAGAAACCUUCUUUGGAUGGAACAAGAUGCAUCAGAUUGCUGUAGGCAUAGCCAAAGGGAUUGAAUAUCUUCACCAAGGCUGUGACCAAAGAAUUCUGCAUUUCGACAUUAAUCCUCGCAAUGUCUUGUUAGAUCAAAAUUUCACUCCUAAAAUUUCAGACUUUGGUUUAGCUAAGUUAUGCUCCAAGAAUCGAAGCACUGUGUCCAUGACAGCAGCAAGGGGAACGUUAGGAUACAUGGCGCCUGAAGUUUUUUCUAGAAACUUCGGUAAUGUAUCUUACAAAUCCGAUAUCUACAGUUAUGGGAUGUUGUUGCUUGAGAUGGUUGGAGGAAGAAAAAAUACAAAUGCGAGUCAAGAAACAUUUCAAGUUCUAUAUCCGAAUUGGAUACACAAUUUGCUUGAAGGAGAUGACACAUAUAUUCCUAUCGACGAUGAUGGAGAUUUUAGAAUUGCAAAGAAGCUUGCAAUAGUGGGACUAUGGUGCAUCCAGUGGCACCCGGUGCACCGUCCCUCCAUGAAAAGUGUAGUUCAAAUGCUUGAAGCAGAGGAAGAUAAGUUGAAAGUGCCUCCGAAUCCUUUUGAAUCUAUAGCUGCGACUAGUUCAAGUGCAAUUAUUCCAGCAAAAUUCUUGAAUUUGGAAUUGGAAGUAAUUCCAGAAACAGACUAG